UGUGUACUCUCUUUUAACCUCUCAACAAGUAACACCUCCCAAUUAAAUGGCUUCGGUUUUAUUCCGUGCGGUAGAAAGGGAAAAUAAAACGAAAGGGUCCAAACUCCGGUACUCGAGAGAAUAGGAGAGUGGAAGUCUACCCAAAGACCCAGAGAGAGCGAGAGCGAGAGCGAGAGAGAGAGAGAGCGCAAAGCAGGGAAGGAAGAUGAACGCGUUCAGGUUGGCGGGGGACAUGACCCAUCUCUUGAGCAUCAUACUGCUCCUCCAUAAGAUCCGCACCAUGAAAUCCUGCGCUGGCAUAUCUCUAAAAACCCAGGAGUUAUAUGUCAUUGUUUUCAUGACGCGCUAUGUGGACUUAUUUACGAAGUACUAUUCCUUUUACAACUCAAUAAUGAAAAUUGUUUUUCUGGGCACUUCAAUCGGCAUUGUUUGGUACAUGAGAUAUCACAAGGUGGUCAAGCAGACCUAUAACAAGGAUGAGGAUACUUUCCGACAUUUUUUCGUUAUUCUCCCAUGCUUUGUGCUGGCUCUUUUGAUAAAUCAUGCGUUCACGGUCAUUGAGGUUUUAUGGACAUUUUCACUUUAUCUUGAAGCUGUUGUGAUUCUGCCACAGUUGGUUUUGCUACAAAGGUCAAGAAACAUAGAUAACUUGACAGGAAAUUACGUUUUCCUACUUGGGGCUUAUAGGGCAUUUUAUUUGCUGAACUGGAUUUAUCGUUUCUUCACAGAGAACCACGAAGUUCGUUGGAUUCCUUGGUUGUCGGGCCUUCUUCAAACAGCGAUCUACGCCGAUUUCUUUUAUUACUACAUCAAGAGCUGGAAGAACCGCGAAAAGUUGAAGCUUCCUGCUUGAUCGGUUGCUUCCAUCGCUAACAGUCUGGGAGGGUACUUUUGAAGAUAUCUAUACCCCUGAAAAUUAACGUAUCUUGGUUUACAUAUUUUUGACCAGAAGUGACUAUGGAUCAUAUUGCAAUAAUAUGUUAAGUAUCAUCCUUUUUGUUAAGAUACAUUAUUGUUUAUUUCCUUCCACUUUUGGGUUAAAUGUGGCAUGCCCAUUACAAGGGUACUGGUUCCUCGUCGUGGUUGGUACCAAACAGAGUAGCUGAUGGAAAUGAUUGCUGUAGCUGAAAAACAUAUGGGAAUUAGUAAUAUUAAAUAAAAAAAGGAAAAAGAAACGAAUCACUGUCCAAGUGAGGCAUAUCAGUCAUUUUAUAA